AUGCUCGGACGAUCAGGAGUGCAUUCUGGACGAUCGCUGCUGGCACAAGCUGCCCGCACGCCCUUCCUCCCGUCUUUCCGUUUCGUCUCCACCUCCUCAUCAAUCCGGCAACAGCAACAACCUCCGCACGGCGCAGCAGCGGCUCGAGAGUCGGCGCAGACCACCGCAGACGCGCUGUACGCCGAACAGGGUGUCUCGGCGGGUCAGGCGGGCACGAGCGGGUCGGCGACAUCUACGGGAAUCACUCCGUCCUCGUCGGCAAGCGCGCAGACGAGCGGGGAAGCGCUGUAUGCCAGCUCUGGACCGUCGGCAGCGACAAGCGGAGGGACUGGCGAGGCUUUCCCCUACGGCAAACCGCUGGCGAGCGAGCGCAAGGACGGUUUCGCGACGGGCACUUCUGCCCCGGUGGAGACGGAUGCGGCGGCGGCGAGCGUGAAGCGACCAGUGUUGCAUGAAGAACCGAGGGAAGAGGUGCAGGCGCCCAUGGCGAGAGUGAGGCGACCAGUCGGAGCCUUCCGCGGCGGCUUGAUCGGCUUCCUGCUCGGCGUCUCGCUCGUCGGAGGGUACGGCUACUUCCGCCUGCUGGACGAUUACAAGCAAGCGAGUUCGGCGCUGCUGCUGAGCGUUGACGAACUCAAGCGAAGUACCACUCAAAUGUCAACCCACCUGUCGCGCAUCUCCUCCCUCGAAUCCGCCAUCUCGAAACUCGAGUCCUCCUCCGCGACAAAGAAGCAGGUCGACUCGCUCCGCGGCGAGUACACCAAGUUGUUCGAAAGCGAGCACUUGGAGGUGUUGAAUUUGAGGGCGCAUGUGUGGGGAAUAGAACAAGAUCUGCGCAACUUGACGAAGAGGGACACGUCGGUGCGGAUCUGA